CAGUCUCACCGUCGAGUCUUUGAUGCUGACUUGCUGAGGAAUGAUCAGAAGAUGAGAUUUUGGAGUAAGAAGACGACGAAGAAGCUGAAGAAGAACUUAGAAGCAAAUCAACGGCUAAGAUUGUUCCAAGAGAACGGGAAGGUACUCUUGGAAGAUCUCAUCGAGCUUUGCAAUGGCAAAUCCAAUCCAAUUAAAACCUUCUCUGCUAACGAAAUCCUCGAAGCCACAGACAACUUCAGCGAGAGCAAUCUUGUGGUUCGAUUCGAGUUCAUGUACAGAGGUAUGCUCCAAAACCGUCCUGUUCUAAUCAAAAGAGCCAUAUGGAGUUUAUACAAAUCUGAUACAUUAGAAAAGAUUUGUCGUGACAUUGCUGUCUCAUCGAUGGUGAGUGGUCACAAGAAUUUCCUCAAAUUGUUAGGUUGUUGCCUUGAAUUUGAGCAUCCGGUCUUAGUUUGUGAGUAUGCAGAACGUAUACCUUUCAAUAAUACUCCAAACCCGGACAUGUUGUUGCCAUGGGGAAUGAGGAUAAAGAUUGUGAAAGAGAUUGCAAUCGCGGUUUCUUACCUUCAUACAACGUUUUCAAGAACUAUGAUUCAUACCGAUAUACAACCUUCCAACAUUUUCUUGGAUUCAAAUGGGACAGCAAAGUUAAGUGGGUUUUGUCUUUGUGUCUCAAUUCCUGAAGGAGAGACAUUUGUUAAGGUUCAUGCUGAUAGAGUAGAAGGAACAUUAGAUUAUCUUGAGUACAACUAUGCUGCCACCGGACUGAUCACUGAGUAUACCGAUGUUUUUAGCUUUGGAGUGUUGUUGCAAAACUUUUUCACGAGAAUGUAUGGAGUGGUUGAUUAUUGUUGCAGUGAAGAUGAGAGUCUAUUUGAAGAGUUUGAAGACAAACAAAAUGUAAUGAAUAUGAGGAUUUCAGAUAGAAUAUCCAUAUUUGUGCAAGAGGAGAGAAUCUUUGAGGUGCUGGAUCCAAAUAUAUUGGAAAGUAUGGGUGAUGAUGAAACCGAAGAACACAAGAUACGGCGAAUGGAAGCAGUCCUUAUGCUCUCACUCAGAUGCACUGGCCAUAGAGGUGAUGUUCCAAAGAUGAUGGAAGUUGCCAAGGAACUAAAAAGGAUUGAGAGAUGCACAUAGAGUGAAUUUUACAACAUCUAUUGGAUGUAUUUGUAAUAGUAAAAAAUAUUUGGAUCAAACUGAUUUAUUUAUCGUUGGUCCUAUAUAUACCUUUGAGGCUUUGUGAGAUACUAUUUCAGAAAUAGCAAUACUCACUUUGACA